GCGCCCUGAAUCCAACCCCCCCGGAGGCUCCAUCUUACAGUGGACUCUUUCAGGGCACUUUCAGCAGGACUCCAGUCUGUGCCUGCCUCGCCGCCGACCGACCGACUCCUGAACAUUGAAUUGGAUUCUUUGUCCGUCAGGGGCUUGCGACAAGGACGGGAUCGAAGCGAGAGAAGGGCAUUUGGAAGACGAGAAUAAUCAUCACGACACAACCGGGAGGAACAGAACAGGGAGCACGCCAAUAACGUCACAAACUACCUAAACAAGCGAAAACGUGGCAUCCGCCGGGUUGUAGCGCUAGAAGCAAAGUACCUAAAGAAUGUCGACCACGACGGCCACGAAACGAGCAUCAUGGACGCCCGGCGACGACACAAGAGCGAUGAUAUCAACGACGACAAACAAAUACCUCUCCCCCGAAUAUGCGACUGCCCCUGCACAUCACCACCACCACCCCGUCGUCGUUAAUCACCAUCUGAAGAAUCAUCUACAUGGACAUUACGGCGGACAUGAUGGACGUGCUCGCCAUGUCAGCUACGCCGCGGUUCCUGUGUCAGGGGAGAACAAAAGUGGAAGUGGUAAUGGAAAUGGAGAACAUGGAGGUACCCACAGCCUAAUCCGACCAGCCACCACCACUCCCGUCCCCAUCCCCGGCGCCAUCCGACGAUCUCUCUCCAUCUCCGCACGAGGUUCCUCCUACAACACCCAGGCCACCGCGACGCCUGGUUCGUUCGCGACCGUUACCGAACAGCAAUCCAACAAAGACCAAUACGCCGAAGACAACACCAGCAAGCAGCUCGGAUUCGGAUCCCACAAUGACAAUGCUGGCUCCACGGGCAAUGGCGCCGCUGUCAGCACAACCCGCCCGUCCAUGGCCCAAUCGUUAGGAUCCAACUCGGCCAUCGAUCCCCUUUCCCAGCAAAUCUUUAUGCGACGACACACUGGCGACCAAUUGUCCUCCUCAAAACCACCCAAACAUUUGCGCACUCAGUCGAGACCCGAGUCCCCGGGCCUGAUGUCGACUGGAGAGGGGUCUGGGAUAGCAGGCCGGCAGAAUGCAGACUUGUCAUCCUCUUCGAAGCCUAAUACACCGGGUGGUGGUGAUGUUCCCAAGGAUAAAAGCAAAAGUAAAAACUUCUUCCUCCGCUCCCUUACCCUCCGCGGCCGCAGCUCCUCCAAGUACAACGACUUCGAUUCCGACUCCGAGUUCGGCGGCGACCCCCGCAUGAAUGGCUUCAACGCCCGCGUCUUCAGCCAAGCCGUCGGCUACACGCCCCAUCAUAAAGAACCGCCCAGGUACAUCAGAACAAAAGCUGCCAACAAAAAGGAACGAGACUUUGGCCGCGUGUUUCUGGCCCAAGAGUUGGUGGGCACUCGACCGCCGGGGUACAACAACGCUCAUAAUUCACAACAAGAGGCGGAUAAACAGGAGGGAGGAGGAGGAGGCAACAAAGGGGAUGCGCCAGGCCAAGGGGGCGCCAGUCUAACUGUCUCCGUCGCCAGUGCCAGCGGUCGCAAAGUCGCCAAAACCGGCGGCGCAAUCUGGGCCACCGAGUUCAGCCGCGACGGCAAGUACUUUGCCGCCGCCGGCAAGGACAACAUCGUUAGGGUAUGGGCGGUCAUCUCCACCCCCGAAGAACGGCGAGCCCACGAGGAGGAGGAAGCCGCUGCUGCGAAUGGAGGGAACGGCACAACCGGAGAAAGGCUUAGCGCACCCGUCUUCCGCGACCGACCGUUCCGUGAGUUUGUGGGGCACAGCGGCGAGGUGUUGGAUCUUUCUUGGUCCAAAAACAACUUUUUGCUGAGCUCGUCCAUGGACAAGACUGUGAGGCUGUGGCACAUGUCCAGGCAAGAGUGUUUGUGCACCUUCAAACACAAGGAUUUUGUGACGCGGUUGGCGUUUCAUCCUACCGAUGACCGGUUCUUCCUGGCAGGGAGUUUGGAUACCAUUUUGCGCCUGUGGUCGAUCCCGGAUAAGCAGAUUGCUUUCUCGGCGCAGUGUCCUGACCUUAUAACGGCUGUGGCGUUUUCCCCAGAUGGCAAAACGGCGAUUGCGGGCUUGUUGAAUGGGUUGUGUUUGUUUUUCGAGACGGAGGGGCUGAAGCCGCUGGCGCAGGUGCACGUGCGAAGCUCGAGGGGGAAGAAUGCGAAGGGCAGCAAGAUUACGGGGAUUCAGACCAUCAGUGUGCCGCCGAUGGAUCCGUUGAAGGAGCUGUCUGGGACGGGGGAUAAAGCGCAGGGAGAGGUCAAAGUGCUGAUUACCUCCAAUGAUUCGAGAGUGAGGAUAUAUAAUCUAAGGGACAAGUCGUUAGAGAUCAAGCUCAAGGGACACGACAACUCGGUUUCGCAGAUUGCCGCCAGUUUCUCGGACGACGGGAAGUACGUCAUUUGCGGCUCGGAAGACAAGAAGGCUUUCAUCUGGGGACUGAACGGAGGACAGCAAAGAGCGGCAUACAUCGAGAAGGAAAAGUCACCCUACGAGUACUUUGAGGCUCAUGGGGAGAUGGUCACCACUGCUGUUUUCGCGCCUACAAAGACAAGGAUGUUGCUGGGACGGAGCGAGGAUCCUAUCUACGAUCUCUGUAACCCGCCACCGAUUGUCUUGAGGAGCGCAGGGGAGGAGGCGGCGACGGCGAGUACGCAUAGUGCUGCUGCAAGUGUGACUGAGCUGUCUUCUGAGGACCAUCAUCAGCCAGCACCACCAAUCGUGCCAACGUCGGCACCGAUUCAGAGACCGGAACCGAGCCCGGCGUAUAUCGCAAGGUCGACGCAUUAUGAUGGGAAUAUCAUUGUCACGACGGAUGAUACUGGUAUUAUCAAGGUGUUUCGACAGGACUGCGCUUACAUCAAGCGCAAGCAUGACAGCUGGGAGACCGGGUCGACUUUCUCUCGCAAGCUGGCCUCCCACGGUGGUAGCCUGUACAACGGAAGACUGGGACGGAGCAUUAGCGUGUACUCUCGGACUUCGGCGGGCACAGGUGGUAGCGCCGCUCACUCAAGAAGGGGUUCGAUGUCCGGGAACAAUGCGCCAUACAUGGUUGCUUCGCCCGUAUCUCACGCCUCGGCCCUCAACCAGGCCGUCAACGCAGGCAGCGAUAGGAUUCUCAGAUGGAGGAUGGGCAUCGAAAACGGCGCCGACGGAACCGGUCCAUCUGGAUCUCGCCCGGGACAAGUCAGUACCGCACCCGGUAACAGGUCCUCUGCCAUCGUGAAUGGUAGCAAGAGGUGGUCCGGCGUCCAAACCCCACCCCGCAGCGACCGCUCUCAGAGUCCCGUCCGCGGCGGCCCUGCUACCUCUUCUGUCCCUGUGGGGGCAGGCAACAGAGCUUCCAUGCCAGCAGCUGUUUCGGUUCCUAGUACUCCCAACCGUAGCGUCAACGCCAACAUCAACGGAACGUCUACUCCCAAUGGCGCGGCCACGAACGGGUAUCCACAUGGACACUCCCACCUUGCUACGCAUACCGAUGCCAGAAGCAACUUGUUGGAAUCUCCCGCCAAUCUGACUCCUUUACACAGGGUUAACACGAUGGGCACGGGAACGGAGUUGGGGAGUCCGACGCGGUCAGUGCCGAUGGAUAUCACGCCUGAGAGGAACAGGCAGGCUAGGGAGAGGGAGGAGAGGGAGGAGAGGGAGGGAAGGCCGAGGAGCCCGCCUGCGCCUGGGUUCAGUUUUAGGCCGGCUAAGAGUGGGAAUGGGACCUCUGAGGAAAGGCGGGGAAGUCAGCCUUUGGAGGAGCAGGGCGAUGGUGCUGGCAGUGGUGGAAGUGGACUUGGCAGUGGCAGUGGUUCCGGGAGUGGAGGUAUUUCGUUCUGGAAUCCGUUAAAGGGUUGGAAAGUCGGUAUACCUGGUUUCGGCAAGACUUCUGCCGCUUCUGGGUCUGGUGGUGGUGGACAGAGGCCAGGUACUUCCGGUCCAGACAAGGAAGGAGGAGCAAAUGGCAAGGCACAUAGCAGAAGUCAAAGUCUUGGUGCCUCGAACCAUACAGCCCACAUACAGGUCCCGUCACCGCUGGCGGAUGGCGAAACUUCGGACAGAGUCAGUCCCGGGAUUACGCCAUGGGAUGUCCCGCUGAGUUCAUCGGUGCAGACCCAGUCAAGCGCUGGUGGGCAUGGACGACGAAAGAGUUUGGGUGUUUUUGGUACUAUCACUGGUGGAAAUAAGGGGGACAAGGAGAAGGAGAAGGCGGAACGCGAGGUAACAAGAAGGUCAUUACCUGUCGGUCCAUUGCUCGCCAUCACUGAUGACGACGACGACGACGAUGACAACAACAACAACGCCCAUAACGACCGUGUCAACGGACAAGGACACACGCGCUCUCAAUCCUCCAGCACCAUCACCGGCCUUCAACGUCCACCGCUCAUAGUCCCCACAAUUAUCAACACGCGCCCCAGUGGCGACGAAGAGGAUUAUCGGCCGGCUAUCGAUGAGGUGCUGCAGCAGCAAGAGUGGGAUAGGGAGAGGGAGAGGGAGAGGGACAGGGAACAGGACAGGGAACGAAGUAAAGACAGGUCUCAGAGGAUUGUGAGUUAUCCGCGGUUGAGUUGGAGUACGAGGCUGGGGAUGGGAGGAGGGAGGGGGAGGGCGAAUAGUGAUAUUGCUGAGAGGGAGGAGGAGGAGUAAAGUAAUUGGGCUGUCCGCUGGAAGAGGAGGAGAGUUUGUUCAUGAUACCACUACUGCUUUAUACAAUACACGAGAUACCUACCUACCUUACCUACCUGUUUUUACCUGCUGGACUGUACAAGCAACUUUUGUUGGAUGAAGUUUGGUUGGCAACAGCUAUAGAGCGAGAGAGAGAGAGAGAGAGAAAUAGAAGAGUUAAUGGAGCAUUGUCAGCGAUC